AUGCUCGUAAGCCGGAAGGACUCCCUUUCAGGAUGCUCGAGAAGUGGACUGAUUCCGGGUUCUUUUACUCUCUCCCGAUACAGUUCGUCUGGCCAGACGGACGCAGGGGUCAACAGUGACAUCCUUCUAGUGCCAAAGGCCCAACCAGCCUGGCACAACGGACUCUGGACGUGUCAUGAGAAGUUGGUCGAUGGCACGGCGCUGUACCAGCCAUCGACAGCCGGCGUCGAGAUUCGCGUGGUCCCAAUCGGUCUGAGGGAGCACCACCACGACGUCAAGGUAGCCUGGCCGGGCGGUCCAGUUGCAGAGGGUUGUGUGGUAGCGACAACAGGUGGCAGACCCGUUGGGACUUCGGGCGCUUUUCGUCCCACAUCGUCCCGGACACAGGCGACCGAGGAGGCCGUCACUGUUUCCUGCCUGAGGGAGACAAAAUGGCAGAUCUUGCGAUACACCGUCACCUACCAGAUAACCUGA